AUGAAGAAAGAUGUCACCCAGAGGAUCCUGGUGAUGGCUUGUUCCAGCACAGAUGAAAGGGGCCCCAAUCAUCCAGGAUGGAGGGACCAAGUGGAGUCCUCGACUGGAGGAAGGAGGCCCGGGAGUGUUGACCGCAGCACUGGGGAGAAGGAGAGAAGGAUGGAGGAGAGGAAAACAAAGGUGCUGCACAUACUUACCAAACUGCAGGACGACACGCCUCGUCAGCCAAAUGGCAACAAAGGGUGCUCCAACUUUGAGGACUUCGACUUUUUGGCAAAGUAUUGCAUUUUCAGUCAGGAGAAGCUGGCUGAGUACAAAAGAGCUUUUGAAGCAGAGGACAGUGAUGGUGACGGCUACAUCUCCUGCCUUCAGGUUCUACUCGCUCUUAAAAACAUCAUCCCUCCCGAGCUGCUGUCUGAUGAAGAGGAGAUUUACGUCUACAGGGUUUAA